GUAUACUCGAUGUUGUUAGUAAAAACGAUCUAUCAUCAUUAAAAAAAAUAACAUUACAAUUAAAAAAAAAUUUUUACAUAUAAAUUCAUGUCCGACUCUAAUCAUUGUCAAGAAAUGCCUUCUUCAUAUCUUAUAACACAAGACUUGGGAGACCUUUCAAGUACGACACUAAAAAAUUUAUUGCUACUAAAACAAUCAUUGCUUUAUUUCAAAGACGCUCCACCCAGUUUUUCUUCAGUUAAUGACGAUGCUUCUAAUCUAAUCGACGUAUGUCAGACCCAUAAAGAAGAUUCAAACAAUGCACCCAUUAAUGCAACAGUAGCAUUGUUCGAAAAACAUGCUCAUACAUUAAUGAGUGGAUAUGAUACUCUUGAUUCCCCGUUAAAUAUUUGUGUUGACAUCCAUACAGUUCAAUUUCCUUGCCAAGAGUAUAAUUCUAAGUAUUUUUGCACAGAAUCUGGAAACAAAAUUUCUUUAAAUGCUAUUUUAAAUGAAACUCGAAAUAUUUUGAUCCAAGGUUGUUCCCUUAUAAGUACGAAUGUCGUUUUAAGAGGUGAUGCCGGUACCUUACACUUAGGAAAAUAUGUUAUCAUAGGGGAAAGCUCUUGUUUAUUGCCAUCUCGGUCGGAAAUAACAACUUCCAUACCAAUGAAAAUAGGCGAUUACACCAUUAUUGGAAAAAAUUGUGUUAUUAAGGCCACUACCAUAGAGAACGGUGUUAUUAUAUCAAAUAACAGUGUCAUUGUAAAGUUGCAUUUUUUUCCGAUAAACUCCUAUUUUGUCUUCAAUCAGGGGGAACGUUGUAUUUUAAAAAGUCAUAGCGUUAUUUUACCAAAUUCCGUUGUACCUUCGGAUACGACGAUUCCUGCCUUGACCAUGUUCGGAGGCGUACCCGCUCGAUUUAUUGGAGAUAUUUCUGAAUCUGCUACUAUAACUCAUAAAAGAAAAGCCAUAAGUCUUUAUAAUACAAUAAGCAUUUCUGUUUAGCAUAGCUUUUUUUUUUUAAGGCUUACUGUUUAAAAUUUUUUUACACGUGAAAUAAUAGUAGACUGAUUAGACACAGAUUUUCAAAGUCAAUCUGAUAUUUUUU